AUGCUGCUCUGCGUCACCUUGCUUCUCCUCCUGGGGCUGUCUGCAUGCACUGUGGCAGGUGACAAGGAACUGGCAGUCGAUGCUGAAGUGGGCUCCUGGGAAGAUGUCAUCCCCAGCAUCCUACUUCAGCUCCGAGAGGUGAAGAAGGGCAAAGCGAGCCAGUUCUUUGGGCUAAUGGGGAAGCAGGUAGGAGGAACACCUCCCAUCCAGUCAGAGGGAACAGGGUAUCAGGGGGAACCAGUGGUCCAGGGGCAAGGAGGAGCAACUACAGAAGGCAAAGAGGAUGAGAACCGUGGGUCAGAGUGA